UAACAUCUCCACCACUCAAACCUCCUCACUUAUCAGUAAUCAUUUCUCAUUCUUCCUUUUCAUUUUCAGUUACUUAAAACUUUCAUACUUUUUAAGGUAAUCAUGGGAGUUGUCACCGGUGAAAUUGAGGUCGCUAGUGUCCUCCCCCCAGCCAAGAUGUUCAAGGCUUCUGUCCUUGACGCUGACCAACUCUUCCCCAAGAUUAUGUCACAAGCUAUUAAGAGUGCCGAACUCAUCGAAGGUGAUGGAGGGGCUGGAAGCAUCAGGAAAGUUAACCUCGUGGAAGACGACAGUUACAUGAAGCAAAAGGUUGAUGCACUAGACAAAGAAAACUUCGUGCACUGCUAUACCAUCUUUGAAGGUGAUAUGUUGGCUAACAAAUUCGAGAAAAUUAGUUAUGAGACCAAGUGGGAGUCAUCUCCUGAUGGAGGAUCCAUCUUUAAGUCCACUGUCAAAUUCUACACCUUACCUGGCUUUGAUGUCCCCGGAGAGAAUUUGAUUAACAAGGCAAAAGAAAAGACAGCCGUCAUGGUCAAAGCUGUUGAAGCAUACCUCCAGGCCAACUAAUCCUGAUGCCUGUUAAAAUGUGUUAUGUGUUUGCUUUUCUCAAGCUAUUUGUGUGGUUUUCGUUACCAAUUACCAAAAAUAAGUGGAUCAUGGAUCAUUAAUGAUUCUAAUAAGACCUUAGGAGUGAUAAAAGUGGCUUGUCAAGAGAUCUUUUUACUUUUUUUUUUCAAAGAGUGAUUAUGUAAGGAUUAUACCAAAUCUUGUUUGGUAUAUUCAGAGGAUCCACUAAAAAACAAGAUUCCAAGAAGUCCAAUAUGUUUGUAUCAUUUUUAUUGAAUACAAGUUAAUUCAGGUAUAUUAAAAUCCAAA